CCGCGGACAGCAACAACGCCGCCACGCAGCCUGUCGGGCUCCCGGUGCUCUCCUGCGCACCCAACCCCCGACAACCCCCGUCUGAAUUUCCCGCGCGAUCCCUUACGACUCGAGUGGCUCAGUUGCGCGCGGUGGAAGCUUCCCAAAGCGUCGACCUCGCCGUUGGAAAUGAUCGAAAUACCUGAAAGAUUGCCUCGAUCGGUCCACCGGAAGCUAUUCCACCCCCUUUCGAAACUGUUACAGUGAUUAACCACCCCGUCAAGAUACCCAGGCUCGUUUAAUCUCUGCUAGGGGUCGAUCCGCGAGGGGUCCGGGCUAAGGGUGGUAGGGAAUCCUCGGUGAAUGGAGGACUCGAGGUCUACGAGCCGCUCGGAGGGGGUGGUACGACGGGGGGAGCCAACGGGGUCUUCAGGGGUGCAAUGUGACACAGUGAACUCGAGGGAAAUCGAAUCGACACUUCCGUGCGGUGGGAAGCGUCGAUUUAACAGGCUUUAGUCCGCUUGGAAAAACGGAAGUGAAAGAUUCGUCGCUGAAUAUCUGGAAACGUGGUUUGCGAGAAAUAGUGAUUUCGAACGGACGCAACUUUCGGUUUCUCGCGGGGACUUUUCGGAGAAAAGGCGAGGGAACGUUUCGAGGAUCGAACAAGGGAUCCCCGAGCAGCGAUGAAAACCUUGGACGAGGCAUCGAUCUGACCUUUCGAUAACCGUCGGGCUUUUUGUGUCGCGGAACGGUCUAACGUUCGCGUGUCGAUCGAGCCUGUCAGACAGGAGGAGAAGCCCCUGUUCGGCUCUUUUUUCGCGAUAGCGUUAUCGUCGAUUAAGGACCCUGGAAGUCGUUGGAAAGGUACUCGUCUGGCGGUAUCAAGAAUCCGAAGAACCGAGGCAAAACAGAAGGGCGUUCAUAAAGGCCCCGAUGUGCUUCGAUUGUUCGACAAGGAGACACAAAGUCGCCGUUAAGAGGUCGACGCGAGCCAUGUAGGGGAGGACCGAUCCAGAAGUCCAUCGAAUCAUCUCGCGUAACCCCUGCGACUGCUGGCUAGCUUUGCUGACCAAACGGCUACCUGGCUAGCAAUAUUCCCGUAACGGAGCUCACGCUGGCAAGCGUCCCAGUAGCGGCAGAAAGUUGGCAAGUGGCGACGCCCUUUCCCCGACGAAGAUGAAGGCCAACCUGGUACGUCGACUCGUAGGCACGUCCGUGACCUAAGGCCGCCCGUCGAGUCUCUUCGAACCGAAGAAGAGGAACAAGGCCAAGGAAAACGGUUCAGCCGUAGAGGCCGAGGCAUGACGACGAUCGCUACGACCUCCGAGCCAACGGAGGUGUCCUCGGUGGACGUGACGACCCUGCUGAACGCCAUCUCGACCGAGGAGAGCCAGUUCGUCAACGGCACCUACGCGAACGAGCCCAAGUGGUCGUUACCGGCUACCAUAGCCAAGGGCUGUCUCCUGGGCUCGAUAAUCGUGACCGCGGUGUUCGGCAACCUGCUGGUGAUGGUGUCCGUGAUGCGUCACAGGAAGCUGCGAAUAAUCACCAACUACUUCGUGGUCUCGCUGGCGCUGGCCGACAUGCUCGUGGCGAUGUUCGCGAUGACGUUCAACGCGAGCGUUCAGCUCACCGGAAAGUGGCUGUUCGGUUACUUCAUGUGCGACGUGUGGAACUCGCUAGACGUCUACUUCAGCACCAGCUCGAUCCUCCAUCUGAUGUGCAUCUCGGUGGACAGGUACUGGGCGAUCGUGAAACCUCUCAAGUAUCCUAUCAUCAUGACCAAGCGUAUCGCCGCGUACAUGUUGCUCGCCUGCUGGGUGAUGCCCGGCUUCAUAUCGUUCAUGCCGAUAUUCAUGGGCUGGUACACCACCGCCGAAAACACAGCUCAUAGGGAGAAGCAUCCGGAACUCUGCGAGUUCAAGGUGAACAAGAUCUACGUGAUAUUCUCGUCGAGCAUCUCGUUCUGGAUACCCUGCACGAUCAUGACCCUCACGUACUUCGCGGUGUUCAAGGAGGCUAACAGGCAGGAGAAGCAGAUGCACAGCCGCAUGGGUAACGUGAUGUUGCUUAGCCACAGGCCCAGCAAGGACCUGAACAAUCUUAACGGGGAGUUGAACAGUGCGGGCUCGUCCAAGACUUUGACGUUGAACGAGAUCAGCACGGAUCACCUGCACACCCCCACGAAGGACAAGAACAUCAUGAAGAUGAAGAGAGAGCACAAAGCUGCGAGGACGUUAGGCAUCAUCAUGGGUACCUUCAUACUGUGCUGGUUGCCGUUCUUCUUGUGGUACGUCAUCACGACCCUCUGCGGGGAAUCCUGCCCGUGCCCCGAUAUCGUGAUCGCGCUCCUCUUCUGGAUCGGAUACAUGAACUCGGCGCUGAAUCCGCUGAUCUACGCGUACUUCAACCGCGACUUCCGAGAAGCCUUUAAGAACACGCUGCAGUGCGCUUUCUGCUCGCUCUGCAGGAGAGAGCCGUCCGACCUCGAGGCGCUCGAUUUCCGUCGGCCGUCCCUAAGGUACGACGACCGCACUAAGAGUAUAUACUCGGAGACGUACGUCAAGCACAUCGACCGGCGAAGAUCGAGCGAGUUCGGUAGCAGUCUCUGAGAAGAGGGCAACUUUAUACGUUAAACCGCAAUCGCGAACAAGAUACGCAUAAUACGUACACGCCCACCCAUACAUCCGUAUCAUCAUCCACGCAAGCAACAAGCGACCCGUACCUCGCAACGAGAGAUUCUCCGUUAUAUUGCCAAACCACACACACAUACACGCACGCAACAACAAACAAACAAACAAACAAAAGGAAUCUCAUCCCAAAUAUUCGCAUUUUAAACGUUUUGAAUGGCCCCGUGCAUUUUCGAUUUCAGCAGCUUCUCGUCCUGAAAUUUCACGUUAAUCACGCGACUAGGUAUAAAAAUAUCGAAAAAUACUCCGGAGAUGUUUACACGGGCCGCCAUCGACAGGGACCAUCAGGGACAUGUCGUCGAACACCGGGCAAUAUCCAGAAUCGGUUUUACCACGCAGAACUACUUCUUCUACCGUACUCUCCAACGCGUCCCGAGCCCAGCCGUGUCUCGCGACUCUUACGCGCCGAGGCGAGCUGCAGAGGGAACCGAAACUGCAGGGGGCCAGGAAACACGGAGACACGCGAGAGUCGUGCGACGUCGUCGAACGAUCACAGAGACGGAACACCUGGUGGAGGUACACACGCAUACAACGCAUAGAUCACGUCACAUUGCCAAAGAUAGUAUUCUUAAGAGAAGCUUCCGCGACGAGAGAGUUCCACGCCGAGAUCGACCGAUGGAUCAGCCGAGGGAACACGAGAAGUUCGAAGAAGAGCGACAGCCGCGAGAAAAGCCGACCGUGUCGCCAGACCUCGUCCUUUCGACGAAGGACUCUCUACGCGACCAAACCGACCGACCCCAUCCAACUACUCUAA